AUAAAAAAUUUUACAUUAUGUCAAUUACUCAAAUUAAUAAUAACCAGUUUGAGUUAUCUAAACAAAAUUCUGUAGAAGGUUAGGUUUUCAAAAUGAGUGCCCGCUUGUUGCAAACGGUUCAAAAGUUUCCUGUAAAAAAACAUUUAUUAUUAUCGCAAUUACCAAUUCUUGUUUAUAGUUAUCCAUCGUAUGGAUUAAGAUAUUAUAGUUUGUGUGAAAAAACUCAUAAAAAUUGCAUUCGUGAAAAGUUAUUACGACGAUUCCUAACCUAUACUACAGUCUUUGUCUCCGGCAUUAUUUUUACAAUUAAAAAUUUGAAAGAUGAAAAGAAUUUUUUUAACGAUGUUAAAAAUGCCAUUAUUCCUAGAGUUUGUGCUAUAAAUAUUCCAGAUUAUGUUGAUAACAGAAAUAAAAAUAAUUUUAUUGCCGACGUAGUCGAAAUUACAGCACCAUCAGUUGUUUACAUUGAAUUAAAAGAUACAAAAAGGAUGGACUUUUUCACAGGGAAACCAAUUAUUACAAGUAAUGGUUCAGGUUUCAUUGUUAAAGCAGAUGGUUUGAUUUUGACAAAUGCUCAUGUGGUGAUGGCUAAGCCCAAUUCGAAUGUGAACGUAUUUGUACGUCUUCAAGAUGGUAAUGCAUAUCAAGGUAUUGUUGAAGAUGUUGAUUUACAUAGUGAUUUAGCUACAGUUCGUAUAAAUAAAAAAGACUUACCAGUUAUGAAACUUGGUACUUCAUCAAAAUUAAGGCCAGGGGAGUUUGUUGUUGCAAUAGGGUCGCCGUUAUCAUUGAACAAUACAAUUACAAGUGGUGUUAUUAGUAGUGUUAAUAGACAAAGUGAAGAGUUAGGUCUUCAUGAUAAACACAUGCAAUAUAUACAAACAGAUGCUGCUAUUACAUUUGGUAACUCUGGUGGGCCUUUGGUAAAUUUAAAUGGUGAAGUUAUUGGUAUAAAUGCUAUGAAAGUAACAUCAGGAAUUUCUUUUGCAAUUCCCAUAGAUUAUGCUAAAGACUUUUUAAAAAAUGCAGAGGAACGCAAAAGACAACAAGGAAAAUUGAUGAAUGGAUUAAAUGAACCUGUGAAAAGAAGAUACUUAGGAAUAACAAUGUUGACACUUACAUCAGAUAUUAUAAAUGACAUGCAUCAUCAUGGAGGAAAUUUGCCACUUAUUAGACAUGGUGUUUUGGUUUGGAAAGUCAUAUUUGGAUCACCAGCAUAUCUUUGUGGUCUAAAACCAGGAGAUAUCAUAACGCAUUUAAAUGGUCAACAAAUAAAAUCUUCUACAGAUGUUUAUAAGGUUUUAGAAAAAGGUGGCCGCAUACGUCUUUCAAUAGUUCGGAAUGACACCACCUUACAAUUAGAAGUUGAACCCGAAGAACCAUAAAUUUUAUGUUUUAUUUAUUACUUUUUAUUACAAAUUAUAUUUCUGAC